AAAAAAAUAUAUACGGGCGGGGACUCGACCUCGUUCAUAAUCCCCUUCUCUCUCCCUCUGCGCUUCGCUGGGAGCCGAUGAAAAUGGGGGCUCUUGUGGUCGUAGUAAUUGAGUGUUGAGAUUUCGCUGUCCAUUUUCGAUUCUUCAGAUGGGUUCUUCAUCACUCAGUUCUUCCUCAUCACUCUGCGCUCUACCACAACAUCAGAACAUAAAGUUUUCAAAGCGCGGUAUGUGCAUCGUCACGCCCAAACCACCGCCCAUUUCUUCGCUCUGCACAUAUAGAUCACUCUCUGUCCACUCUAAAUUUCAGUCCGCAGUACUGUUUCCCCUAAUCAAGCUCUGGAUGCCCACAAAAUCCUCUCAUCUGUUCUCCUACUCCACUUCGCGUCGCGUUCCUCGCGGACCCACUUCGAAUCCCUAUGAAAAAGUUUUAAAAUUCUUGUCUGAAAAACUGGUAGUUUUGCUUGUUGGGUCAUUCAUCUUCAUGGGUUGUCUCGGAACUAGACCAGUUCUAGCCCUGCCCACCCAGAAAAGCAGUUACAGUGAAAAUACAGAGGAAAAGAGAGAGACCCAGAAUGAGAGAAGUGAAGAUGAGGAGAUGUAUGUGAAGAUAUUGGAGGAGGACCCGAGGAAUGUUGAAGCUUUGAAGGUAGUUUUGUAUGGGAAGAUGAGGAAACGAAAGACAAAGGAGGCUGUAGAGUACGUGGAGAGGUUGAUUGAUGCCGAGCCUGAUGAAGUUGAGUGGAGGCUUUUGCAGGCGCUUUGUUACGAGAUGAUGGAGCAUCUAAGCAAGGCUAAAAGAUUGUUCAAGGAAAUUUUGGAGGAGAGACCUCUGUUGCUAAGAGCCUUGCACGGUCUUGCAAUGGUGAUGCACAAGAAUCAUGAAGGCCCGGCAGUUUUUGAGAUGUUGAACAAAGCUCUAGAAGUUGCUCGUCGAGAAAAAAGGGUCUCUGAGGAGAGAAAUAUAAGAAUUUUAAUUGCACAAAUGCAUGUUGUUAAGGGAGACCUGGAGGGAGGCUUGAAGAAUUUCCAAGUUCUGGUUGAUGAGAAUCCUCGGGAUUUUCGGCCUUAUCUUUGCCAGGGAAUAAUCUACAGUCUAUUGGACAGAAAGAAGGAAGCCGAAGAAUAUUUCGAAACUUAUCAUAGUCUUGUACCCAAGGAGUUUCCUCAAAGAGGAUUCCUUGAUGAUGUUGUAUUGACAGCAAAACGCAAGUCUCGGGGACAGCUUGAGGAGGAGUUUGGGUCUGAAUUUUCAUACAGGAAGUAAAGAGCCUGUUGGCUUGGAGAGUUGCAGACUUGCAGUUCGACACCUAAAGUAGAUACUGCUUGUAAGUUUCUAUGCUUUUUAGAUAGCUUAUAGUGGUAGGAAGUAGAUAUACUACUGCAAGGGAAAUUUAAGAUAUUGGCAUGUGCAAUAUGCUAGCAAAAUGAGGUUACGGUUGUAAUGGUUAUAAGGCUCAAGGCAGCAUUGUCUUGUAUCAGUUUGGACUCAAAAUCAAGAGUUUGCUUUGUGUGAAUACAUUGAAAUGCACCAUUUUGUUUGUAUGGACAUUCUUAGAUUUCUCUUGA